UUGUUUACUGGGCGGGUAAGAGCAGCUAAAUGCUUCUCGACUCGCUCUUGUCCACGUCUACGUCUGUGUGCCUUUUUAUUUCGCAGCUGGUUCCUCUGGUAAAAGCUCAGGGCGUGUAGUUUCUCCGUCCGGGUUUGCGCUUUUAUUAAAUCCUGUUUAGAACUAUGUCCACAGAAAGACCAGGCCCUGCGGGGGACGUCACAGACGCGAGGAAAGACGAUGGAAAACAGGCAGCGGGAUCUUUGUCUGCUCCUUCGCCCAUGGACGUUGACGCUCAGCCCCACUCCCACAGCUUCAGAUACAGCCUCCGUUACCCCAACAUUGGCCAGUGCAUCAUCAUCAACAACAAGAACUUUGACAGGGGCACAGGUAUGAAUCAGCGAAACGGCACUGAUGUUGAUGCAGCCAAUGUGUGUAAAGUGUUUACGAAGUUGGGCUAUGCAGUGAAGAUUUACAAUGAUCAAACAACCGAUCAGAUGAGGAACAUUUUAAGUGCAACAUCUAUGCACGAUCACAGCAACUCCGCCUCGUUCGUCUGCGUUCUGCUGAGCCACGGCGAUGACGGCGUGAUCUAUGGUACUGAUGGCCCGGUGCAGAUCCAGAGCCUUACUUCAUUAUACCGAGGCGAUCGCUGUAAAAGUCUGGUGGGAAAACCCAAACUUUUCUUUAUCCAGGCUUGCAGAGGCACUGAUCUUGAUCCGGGUAUUGAAGCCGACAGUGCAGACGAAACCACUAAGAUCCCUGUGGAAGCAGACUUCCUCUACGCCUUCUCCACCGCUCCAGGCUACUACUCCUGGAGGAACACAAUGACUGGCUCUUGGUUCAUCCAGUCACUGUGUGACAUGAUCAGCAAAUACGGAAAGGAACUGGAGCUUCUGCACAUCAUGACACGAGUAAACCACAAGGUGGCAGUAGAGUUUGAGUCUGUGUCCAAUUCACCAGGGUUUAACGCCAGGAAGCAGAUUCCAUGCAUUGUGUCGAUGCUGACCAAAGAGAUGUAUUUCUGCCCUUGAUGUUGAAUUCUCAGCAGAAACCUGAGGUUGGCAGACAUGAUUACAGAUCAGGUUGUGCUUUUCCACUUGAUUUCAGGUGAAAUUUACAUUUCUUAGCAGAAAAUGUGAUGCUUCAGGAUACUUUUAAUUUAAUAGGCUUGGCAUCCUAGGUUUCUCACUUUGUACUGUGUUUGUCUGACAUGAAUAGUGUUUGGUAUUUUAUAUUAUAUGUGCCUGUUUUUUUAUUAUUAUUAUUUUGUUUUUCAGAAUUUAUGUAAUUUUUUUUAUUUUAUUUUUUUUUUAUAUCAAAUGUUUUCAGGCUAAACCCAAACGACAGGCAUCUAGUUUCACUCUACCUUUAAACAAACCAAUUUCAUAUUUAGUUAUUGAGUUUCGGUAAAUUUCUUUCGGCAUUUAAGCGUUCUGAAAAGUCAUGGAGAUGAGCAUAAAACCACUUCCUUUAUAAAUAGUUGUCUCAAUCUACUACAUUGCAUCCUAUUUGUGGUUCUGAUCUCAGAUCAGGCCUGUCUGCUCUUAUAAGAGAGGACGGAUUUUGGUUCUUGAUAAGGGAAUCACAAUGUUGGAAAAUAGGACGAAUGUUUUUUUAUGACACUGUAUGCUUAUGUGGGCAUCAAGACCAGCGAAACUCCAACCGACCAGUUCUCAGUGAUCUGUGCAACUUUACUGUUUACACUCUACACACUUCAGGGAAAUACCUUUUUCAGACAGUUUGACUGUUUUUGUACUUUUCUAAUCAUGAAACUGUCGAAAUAUAUCUGUGCACAAUCACAUUAUGAAAAGGCGGCAAGUCUUUUUGAAGCUGUAUUCUCUUUCACCAGACAUUAAAUUGCACAACCAUACUGCGAACAAUAAUGUAAAAGCGUCGCCAGGCUUUUGGUGGAUAAUAUGUAACAUGGCCAAGAGCGGCAUGAGAUCUGUAACAAAGCUCGCAAUGGGGUUGUCUUUUAUUUUCAGAGUUUUGAUUCGUUCUGAUCUCAUUCUUUAUUUUUGGGUAAAUUCAAACUGCUGACUUGGGAAAGUUUUUCAUUACCAAACCUUUUUUUUUUUUUUUUUUGCGGUGAUUAUUAAAUGUGCUGUUUUGAGCUCACAAAGCUAUACUGAAAGUUAGUCUUUGUUUCAGAUAAAAUAACUUUAGAACCUGAAUUUCUGAUUGGUUUUUCUUCUUAUAGCGAAAUUUACAUUGAUGAAAUUGACUGAGUCUUUGCUCUGGUUCAAAUUUUUCUUUAAUUGGUUAUAGAAGCCACGGAAGCCAUUCACCAAAUGUUGUGUUAAUAGUUUUCUUGCCUUAAAACCUUAUGUACCAGUUUAUUUAAAUAAUCUGACCAAAACAAAUCCAGUUAGUCCUCAAGAAGGGAAAAUGUCAGACUGUUGCACCUUUAUUGUUUUUCUAGGUUCUCGUAAAUGUAACAGUUUGCAUGCUAAGCGCACUCUGGUUUCAGUAAGUUUGUGAGAAUCCACUGACAGUAAUAACUUGUUUUAGUUUUUAUAGUGUUGAAAGGUGGACAUUUUUUCAUGUGUAAUAUACAAUAUUACUGUUUAUCAGCAGCUGCAUCAUGAGCUUGACGGAAUGUUUUUGUUCUUCCAAAUAAACUCUUUCACUCA